CCGGUGACCCUGACGAAUCAGAGGGUCGGAGCAUGGGAGAAGCAAGUGACAUUCACAAAACUGAUGUGUCCUCUGUCUCUACAUGUGGAGACUCCACAGCUUCUGGGGAGUACAGGAGGAAGUACCAGCUCCUAACAUUGCGUUUUACCUUGACAAUGUAUUUGGAGAGCCGACUGAAGCGUGUUCACCCACAGAAACAUUGGAAGGCAUGAAUGAGUUUGCCUCAGAUCUUGACCCUGACCUUGACCCUGACCUUGACUCUGACCUUGACCCUGACCUUGAUACCAGACUGACUGCCCAGCAGGCGACUGAACUAUUAUCAAUGCCAACUAAAGACUCAACUAAUCCAUUCGAUAUCCAAAAUUUUCAACAAAUGUUACCACGAUUAGAAACUAUUAAGGAAACGCAGCAUGAAAAGGAACCUAACUCGAAAGAACAAGCAGAUCUCGAUGUGGAAUCACAAGAUUCGCCUUCAAGCAGGAACCUUCCUGACGUCGUGUCUAGUUCAACAUCUGUGUGUCUUGCUGAUCCCCUAUAUGUGGCAGCUGACGACUCGUGUCACGUGGGGACUCGUGGAUUACCAGUAGCUGUUGACGUCCAGUGGAGGGCCAGCCUUAUAUACAUCAGUAGAUUGUGUACAAUGUACAAGCUGCUGGAGGCGCUUUACAACGACAUGUGUGUGACCUUGAGGACAGGGAGGCGACGAAAAGGUCAGGAUCCGACCUCCAGGGUCAUCCUACAAUGCGAAGGGUCAAGGUUGACAGGAGCAGCCAUUCAAUCUUUGGACUCACUGAAUGACCAGAUCGUGCAAUACAUCUUCGCACAGAAUAAUGUCGACCUUGACCUUGAAAAGGACCUGUCGCCACGGGAACGAGAAACACUCAAAUCCUCCAUGGUUUUGAUCCGUGGACUGCUUAUAGAUGCUCAGUCAAAAUUUCGGAAAAUGGUUGAUGAUAAUCGGCAACUUGCAGUGAAGAUUGACGGAUCAAUCCAAGCAGCCAAUCAGGAAGUGAACGUACUACGCGCAGAGCUGGCGGAUACCAACAAGAGGCUGUCACAGAUCACGCUCACCAACGAUCUCAAGGUGGAGAAGGCAACGCAAUCAGAGAGUGACAACUGCCUACGGCACAAGUCCGACGAGGAGAAUGAGUUGACAAAGAUGAAGGAAGAGAACCUCCGCCUGGAGGCCUCGGUCAAGUCGCUCACACGUGAGGUCCAGGAACUGAAGCUGGCCAAGGCUGUCAGCAGUGAUCAACCAAGCUAUGGGGAACUCAAGUUGGAGCUCAUUCAGACUCGCCAGGAAGUCAACAGGGCCAAGGAAGCACUUCAAGCGAUGAAGGCAGACCGGAAGAGGCUGAAGGGGGAGAAGCUUGACCUGCUGAAUCAGAUGAAACAGCUGUACACAACGCUGGAGGACAAGGAGUCCGAGUUGAGGGACUUCAUCCGCAACUAUGAGCAGCGCGUCCACGAGAGUGAUCAGACCAUCAAACAGCUUGCCAUGGAGAAGGAGGAAUGUGAGCGUGAGAAGUGGCGGAUCAUCAAGAAGGCCCAGGAGGCGGCGGAGCGUGCAGUCAACCUGCGGUCUCAGUGCGACAACAAAGACCAGGCUCUCAAGAAGCUGGAGGUGGAACUAGCAGAGUUGAAGACCAAUCCUGUUGACCCCAACAAGUCUUCCAGUGCUUCCGAGGCUGAUCACACCACCCACAGCGUUGCCAGCACCAUCGCUAGCGAGGAGCUGCCGCCAUAUGAAACCAUGUCUCAGUCCGACGCGUCCCGGGAUGAUAGCUUCUCAGUAAAGACAAGCACCCCUAGUCAUGACUUGAGUGUCAACUCAUUCACCAACCCCAACAAGCAGCUCAACACAAGUCACGAGCUCCCGGGAACACGACACCAAGAAGAGGCACCGGAUCCCAGUGUUUGGCUCCUUGACUCGUAUGUUCAGCAAGGGGAGACUACGCAGGUCCAUCGCGCUGCCGCAUGGAGAGACCUUCGAUGGGAUGUGGACCCAGGUCACCCGAAGCUUGCCCUUUUGAGCCCCGACAACUAUCAGGAGAAGCUGGCCUUGGUGAACGGACUCAAGGGAGUCCACAUGACCAACUGGAAGGCCAAUCAGGUGCUGGCCUGGCUCGAGAUCUCACUGUCUAUGCCUAUGUAUGGGAAAAUGUGCGCCGAGAAUAUCAAGAGUGGGAAGGUACUUCUAGGGCUGAGUGACUCUGACCUGGACGCUGCCCUCGGCAUCACCAACAGUAUACACCGACGGAAGCUGCGACUAGCCAUCGAGGAACAGCGGGACCCAGGGGAGAUAAAAUAUUCGAAGGCAGCAAACAUUGACCACACGUGGGUGUCUCACCGGUGGAUACCCGACCUGGGUCUUCCCCAACAUGCGGCCGUGUUUGAAUCCCAGUUAGCAGACGGCAGACUUCUCAACCAGCUGUCCAAGAAAGACCUCGAAAAACAUUUUAAUGUCCAUCGCAAGUUUCACCAAGCCAGUAUUCUACACGCCGUGGAAUUACUACGGCUGCUCAAUUUUGAUAAAGAGUUGUUAACAGAGAGGCGGACCCAGUGUGAAGACAACAACACAGAUCCCCUUGUGUGGUCCAACGACAGGGUCAUGAAGUGGAUAAGAUCCAUAGAACUUGGGGAGUAUGUCCAGAACCUGAGGGAGAGUGGCGUUCAUGGAGCUCUAAUGGUGCUGGAGCCAUCGUUUACUGCAGACACCCUCGCAACAGCCCUUGGCAUCCCUCUGUCCAAGUCAUACCUUCGUAGACACAUCGCCACGGAGUUGGAAGCCGUCAUCAAGCCAGCUAGGUCUUACUUAGCUGGGCUGAAAUUGUUGAGAGCUGCCCUUGACACCCCCAACAACAACACCAAGAUGCGCAUCAACGGGACAGGGUCCGUUGGGCGGUCCUUCAUCCGGUCCUACCGAAGUGCAUCACUGGACGAUGGUGGACCAAAAAGCAGACUCAGUUUUAGGGGUUCAUUGGGACGAGCUUUUGGGAGGAAAAUAAAGGAUGAUUUACGCAUGACAUUUGACUCGGACGUUACACCAAAAUCCCGACGAGGGAUUAAAAUCUCGGAUCCUAUCCCAAUCCAGCACAAUCACUCACUAGACUCAAUAGUGGAGCCAGACUCUACCACAGUGUGAGAUAACACCAGUAUUCCUUCAGAUGCUUCCCAUGAUGCUCAGUGCUUGCUUGGGCUGUUC